AUGGAGAAGGCCGCGAAGAGCAGUCUGGAGGUCACCGCUCUGCCAUGGGCGGGUACCACGCAGGCUGCUUUAGCUGAGCCAGAGUCUGAGAGGACGGAGCUGGCCGUCCGUGAGGACGAUCUGGCGAUGUGCAUCAGUUCAAACUGCAGGAGAAGCAAACACCGCAAGAGCCAAGGCCUCACCUCAGCAAGCGUGGCUAAUGUCUGUGAUGACCAGGGUCUUCCCAGCACGGACCAGGUGGCCAUGGGUCUUGGCGACCGGGGACGCAAGCGGAUCGCCAUCGUCGGCGGCGGCUCGGCGGGCAUGACGGCCGCCAAGUCGUGUCUCGAGGAGGACCUGGAGCCCGUGGUGUUCGAGCAGACGGACGCCCUCGGAGGGCUGUGGCGGUACCGGGACGUGCCGGAGUACGGCGUGCCGUCCCUCAUGAAGGCCACCAUCAUCAACACCUGCAAGGAGAUGAGCAGCUUCAGCGACUUCCCUCCGCCGCGCGAGUUCGCCAACUACAUGCACCACUCGAGCCUGGUGCGGUACUUCGAGCUGUACGCGAACCACUUCGGCGUCACCAAGCACAUUCGCUACAACACCGAAGUGACUCGAGUCCAGAAGAGCCAGGACUACGACGAGACCGGUCGUUGGGACGUCACGUACAGGACAAAAGGCCAGCCUCCUCGGACGGAGACGUUUGACGGCGUGAUGAUAUGUUCGGGCCACCACGUGAUCCCCCACGUGCCGACCUUCAAAGGCCUGGACAAGUUCAAGGGCCAAGUUUUUCACACGCACGACUACAAGAUACCCGACGGGUUCCGCGACAAGAAGAUCCUCAUCAUCGGCGUCGGAAACUCGGGCGCAGACGUCGCCGUGGAUUUGUGCCCGUGCGCUGAAAAGGUUUACCUGAGCACGCGCCGCGGCUGCUGGGUGAUUCGGCGCGUGGGCUUCUGGGGCAUACCGGCGGACUCGUUCCUGAACCGUCGCACGGUGAACUUGUUCAACAAGUACGCGCCGGAGUGGCUCGUAAACUUUGUCUACGAGACGUACUCGAACGAGGCGUUCAGCCACAAGUUGUACAGGCUCAAGCCCAAGCACCGCUGGCGCAACCAGCACCCGACCAUCAAUGACGCGCUGCCCAACGGGAUCCUCAGCGGACGCAUAAUCAUCAAAGGGGACGUCGAGGAGUUCACCGAGACGGGCGUCAUCUUCAAGGGCGAAGAAGGGUAUGAGGAGAAGCUGGACGUCGUCAUACUGGCUACUGGGUACCUG